UUGCUCACAUCCCAUAUAAGAGAGAGAGAGAGAGAGAGAGAGAGAGUGACUUACUCAGAUUUCUCACCCAAGACUUGGCGUCUCCAAAAGAGAUAGAGAGAAAAAUACGUAGAAAAUAGAUCCGAGAAAUGACAUGAUUUCGAUACCCCCCUUGUUGCUUCUCCUCCGCCCCCUCGAGAAACCCAUUGGGGGGUAUUGCCUAGCCUUCUGUCGAAUCCGAUUUUGAUUCUUCGAAUUCAAUCUUGUUGAUAUAGAUAGACACAUAGUUCGUAUUGAUUGUAUUGUUCUAGUGGGGUGGGGGUUUGUGUUUUUGUCAAUGGCCGUUUCUUCUUCUUCUUCAGCCUUCUGCACAUGGCUCGUGGCCGCCUGCAUGUCACUCGCUUGCGACAGGGAGAUGAACACGUCGUCGUCGAUGAUUCAAUCUUCUCCGUCGAGGCGGUGGGGCCGCAAGCGGAGGGUGGUUUCGGCGAAAUGCGGGGCCGGUGAGCUUCCGAAGGGGUUAAUCUCGUCAUUUUGUGGAUCGAGAGGCAUUCAGGGUUUGAUUACCUCCCUGGAGCCCUGUGACGAAUAUUACACCUCCAAGGGGCUCUGCGACAAUGGCUUCGCGUCGCUGUUUGGAUCGAGAAACGUUCCCUCUCUCACUCGCAGACGGCGGCGGGUUAAUCGAGCUGCCGCUCAUUUCGGGGAAGCAAUGGCUGUAGCUGUGCAACCUACAAAGGAAGUCACAACAAAAAAGUGGCCUCCAGUUAAGCAAAGGAGAGUAGUUGUGACGGGGAUGGGUGUGGAGACUUCACUGGGUCAUGAUCCUGAGGUUUUCUACAAUAACCUGCUUGAAGGUGUCAGUGGUAUAAGUGAGAUAAAUGCUUUUGACUGUGCACAUUUUCCUACGAGAAUAGCUGGAGAGAUCAAGUCUUUCUCAACAGAUGGAUGGGUUGCCCCUAAACUUUCCAAAAGGAUGGACAAAUUCAUGCUUUACAUGCUAACAGCUGGCAAGAAAGCAUUGGCAGAUGCUGGGAUUACAGAAGAUGUAAUGAAUGAACUAGAAAAAGCUAGAUGUGGCGUUCUGAUUGGCUCGGCUAUGGGUGGCAUGAAGGUUUUCAAUGAUGCUAUCGAAGCUUUAAGGAUCUCAUACAAGAAGAUGAAUCCUUUUUGUGUACCUUUUGCAACUACAAACAUGGGGUCUGCCAUUCUUGCAAUAGAUCUGGGUUGGAUGGGUCCAAACUAUUCGAUUUCAACUGCUUGUGCUACAAGCAACUUCUGCAUAUUGAGUGCAGCAAACCAUAUCAUCAGAGGAGAAGCUGACAUGAUGCUCUGUGGUGGCUCAGAUGCUGCAAUAAUACCUAUUGGAUUGGGAGGUUUCGUGGCAUGUAGAGCCCUUUCUCAGAGAAACAGUGAUCCUGCAAAAGCCUCACGCCCAUGGGAUAUAAGCCGUGAUGGAUUUGUUAUGGGCGAAGGAGCUGGAGUUCUUCUUUUGGAAGAGCUAGAGCAUGCUAAGAAUAGAGGUGCAAAUAUCUACGCAGAAUUUCUGGGUGGAAGCUUCACUUGUGAUGCUUACCACAUGACAGAGCCCCACCCCGAAGGAACUGGUGUUAUGCUAUGCAUAAAGAAUGCCUUAAAGCAGUCUGGGGUGUCUAGGGAAGAUGUGAACUACAUAAAUGCACAUGCUACAUCCACACCAGCUGGAGACCUAAAGGAGUACCAAGCUCUCAUUCAGUGUUUUGGCAAUAACCCAGAGCUGAGAGUGAAUUCUACGAAAUCUAUGAUCGGUCACCUUCUAGGCGCCUCUGGAGCUGUGGAAGCUGUUGCAACUGUGCAGGCAAUACGGACAGGGUGGGUUCACCCAAACAUCAAUCUCGAGAAUCCAGAUAAAGGCGUGGACAUGAAAGUGCUGGUCGGUCCAAGGAAAGAAAGACUGGACAUUAAGGUGGCAUUAUCUAAUUCUUUUGGGUUCGGUGGCCAAAACUCAUCUAUUCUAUUUGCCCCGUACAAGUAAACCUGGUGGGCUUCUUCAACCUGGCUUCAAAUGAUGCUGAAGAUAUGCACAUGCCGUAAUGCGUUUUCCAGAUUACCUAUGGGAGUUGGCAUAUGGGAGUACUGAGGCAUCGGCAUUGUCGCUGUAACUAAAUCUCAUCCCUCUUCAUCCUCAGAUUUUGUUUUUCGUUUUUUUCCCUUUGAUCAUGAUGUUCAAUAGCCACCCAGUGGUCAGAUUCAAUUUGAAUCUCUCAAAAGAAAGAACCGAAGACGACAACAUGUGUACUAAAUUUAGCAUGUAUGACAGUAAUGAAGGAGCUUCCAGUUAGUCUUUGGUUUCAAGGUACUUUGAUACUGUUAUGAAACUUGACUUCAUGA